UUUAAAUUAGUUUCUUAUGGCUUUAUUCUAUUGUAUAUACAUUUGUUUCCGAUAAAUUGUUCAGAUUUUUACUUGAAAUUAAAAGGCUCUUACAAAAUUGUUUGUAGUAAAUUAUUCUUGAUUGUUUGUAAAGCGUUAUAGUUUUUAAAGUAAGAUGAUCGCAACUACUCAUAGAAGUCAUAGUCUAAAUUUUAGAUGUGAACUAGAAUAAUUAUGUAGUUCCAAUGAUUUGUUGGAGUGGACAGUUUCUAAAGUAAUGGACUUGUUCGAAUGUUUGGUUAGAGGGAUGAUUCAGCUUGAUUAUUCACCUUAUCCAUAUGUCUAUAUUCGGUUUGAAUUUGUUAAUUAUGAUUGAAAAUGCAGAAAAUUAGUUGAAUACUCGAGUAGCAUAUUUUCUUGGGUGCCUGCAGACUUUAGGUGAAGCUUGCAUGCACUCUCUCUGCCUUGCUAUUGAGAAGGCAUUAAAGCUAAAAGGGAACGCUGGUUCGAAACGUCAGCAUGUGCAUGGUUGCAGUGUUGUCCAAGCAAGGAGAUUAUAUGGAUAUAAAUCAUCGGAGGAAUUUUUUGUCAAGAUUUUCCUCUAUUAUCCACAGGAUGUUUCUCGUGCUGCUAAUCUGCUUGUGGGAGGUGCAAUCCUCGAUAAAGUUUUACAGCCUCACGAGUCACACAUACCAUUCCUUCUCCAGUUUCUGAUUGAUCAUAACCUGUAUGGGAUGGGUCAUUUACAUGUAUCAAAGAUGAAGUUCCGCACCCCUGUGCCAGAUGGUUCUCAGAGUGAAGCUAAGGGGAACCGACACCACAGACAGAAGACGGACAGCAGUGACUGUUUUCCUGUUGAUUCUCUGGUUGAGUCGAGUGGAAAUGCAUGUUUCGGUUUACCCCUAUGGACUUCCCUUACAAUUCCAGAUGGCUGGCUUUGGCAACAAUCUAGUCAGUUAGAUCCUUCAAUAGGUCCAAAUCCCUAUAUUAUCUCACGUCAAAGUACAUGCCAACUAGAAGGAGAUGCUUCAGUUCAUGAGAUACUCAAUCAACAAAAUUUAUCAUAUUCUUCACUCUCACAAACCGGGUCAGAUGUUAAAUUUGUUCAGUCUCUAAUACCAAUAUGGGAGGAAUUCGAAAAAGCUGGAAUGCAUGGUGUAGCCUCACUGUCUAUUCCAGGAAAACCACUCCCAGAAGAUACUUUGAGGAUUCUGUCAGAUGGGGGUGAAUUUGUGGACAAAUAUAUGGAGUUGUUCAGCAACACAAGUACUCAAAUAAAGGAUCAUAUUACAAUUUUUUCUGAUGAUGCCAAUGUGGAUGAGUCUAAUCGUGUUAUAUGUGAGAGUAGCCCAUACUCUAAGGCUAAAAACAGUGCGGGGCUUGAUUUAUGUGCUGAGAAAUUAUUAGCUGACAAAGUUUUGUCCACUGUCGGACCAUCAAAUGUGAAGAGUGCAGAUUAUGAAGCUGAAGCUCUGCUUAAGUGGCUUGCAUCUUCUCAAGCUGCAGAAGAUAUAAACUCCGAUGAUGAACUUGCUCGUGAGACCAUUUUGAGUCCCUUAUUACCCGCAUCAACCAUGGUCAAAAUGUUAGAAAGAGCCAACAUAGAUUAUGAAAGUCAAUCCCAGCAAGAGUGUCAGGAUAUUCUUGACUGUGUUGAGGACUCGAUAGACAUUGUUGCUUCAAAAAGAAAGGAGUCUCGUCCCAUUGAUGAUUGCCAACUACCAUUGAAGGAAAAUAUUACGCGGGCUGAAGGCUCUAAUGAGGAACGAAUAUUAAUUUCAUGUUCUGCUAAGUCAUCUGAAAUAGAGACGAACAGUGAAUUUGAGAAGUCCUUGCAAUCCUACACACCCGUUGAUUUUGGUUCAGGAUUUACCACUAUUCAGAAAAGAAAAAGACCUCUGCAGAGGUCUGGAUCUUUUUCCAUGGAUCAGAAGUUGGAAGGUGAUAUACAUCCUGAAAUUUCCAAUGAGAAUUGUUUUGGUGUGAACAAUGAGAUUAAAAGACGUAACGUAGCAACAGGGUGUGAGGAGAAUGAUCUUGAAUGUUCAGAGGAAACUAGUGUGAAUAUUAAAUCUUCGAUGCGUGAUUUGAUGAGGAGAAAGCGAUGCUACCAGGUUGGACUACCUGAAUGCGAUACCUCUCAUGAAAGGGUUUCCAUUCAAGAGGAAUUGAAAAAAGAUGCAUCUCUUUGCAUAGAGGACAAUAGUGAAGACCUAAAGCAUCGUGAGAGGAACUUUUCUCAGCAAACAGCAAUAGUUGUGAGGAGGACUUGUGAAGCACAACCUAAAUCAGGAGCAGCACCUGUUGAACCUGACAACUUCAGGUAUGGAAUAUUGCCUUUACUUUCUCACAGUGAUCACUCAGGUCCAUUGACGAUCACUGCUGAUGGAAGUUGUUUUGGAGAUAUUAAUGAUCCGAAAGUCACUGCACCCACUGCCAGAUCAGGAAACAGAUAUCUCGGUUCCAUGGCAAUACAUGAACACACCAAAAUUGCAUCACAGUUGGUUGACUCUGAAAAUCAAAAUUCUGCAGCCGAACUGGGGUCGUUUGAGAACAAAACAGGCGAAGAUUUAAAAGACGUUUCUAAAAUUGUUACACCAUUGAGUUUUAGUCGCUCAGAUCCCUGUUGUAGAAAGUUGAAUUUUGAUGAUGAUAUACUUUUGGAAACUGAGAAAGUGCUGCCAACUGCUGCUGUGUGUUCAAGUCAACCAUGUACCCUUCAGCCACAAAAUAUUGUCUUUGACAAUCACGGUCAUUUUUCUGGUAGCCAUAGCACCAACCCUUUGCAGAGAGAAAUGGAAGUGUCGGCUGAAAAUCCCAGUGGACUUGACUUAAGAAUAACUCAUAUAAAUACGCGAUGUUCCAGCAGUGGGCAACACGAAAGAAACGAAGAUCAAAACACUAGACGUAUAGCAGAAGAUUUUAAUUAUCACCAAAAAGGAGUCAUGGGCAUUCCUGCUCACUUUUACAAUGAUAAUUCUUCUAUAUACAUUUUGACCCCUGCAAUUUCUCCUCCAUCUGCAGAUAGUGUUGACAGAUGGCUGUCACAAGAUGACACAGAUUCACACAGUUCUCUAGCUGAUGCUCGUAGAGACUUGGGUCCUCAUGAAGAUGCCAUCAUAGCUCAUGUGAAACAGCCAAUUGAAGAAAGCCAUACCGCUGGACUGCGGCCUUUGCAUUCAGACUCUACAAAGAUGCCAAACAAUGAUGUUACUACAUUAAUUAUUGAACAAAACACCUGUUACGCAGAAGAUACUUCUCAGAUAUCUGCACCUGAUGGCAAAUCAAAGUUAACUCCUACAAGUCAAAUUGGAUUUCAGGAUCCUGCAAGUGCUGGUGGAUCGCAGCAAUUAACAAUUUUUAGUAUAGAGGUUCAAGCACAAUCCAAGGGGGAUUCCCGACCCGAUCCUCGACUAGAUGCCAUCAAUUUUAUAGUUCUUGUUAUUUUUGAAGAUGAUGGUUCGUUAACCGAGACUCAUGUUCUUUUACACAGUGAUACUGCACCUGCUCCAAGGAAUCUUGAUGGGAUAUCUGGUUGCAAGAUGUUGGUUUUCUCCGAAGAAAAGGAAUUGUUUAAUCAUUUUAUAAAGUUCAUAUGUUCUUAUGAUCCAGAUAUAUUAAUGGGAUGGGAUAUUCAGGGUGGUUCUCUUGGAUUUCUCGCCGAAAGGGCUGCUCAGAUUGGUAUUGGUUUACUUAAUAAAAUAUCUCGCACAGUUUCCCAAACCAAGGAACUUGGUCAAGAUUCAGAUGUUCGUGUGAAAAGUGUAAUAACUGACGCACUUCUAGAGUCGACUGUUGCUGAUUCUGCAGUACUUGAUGAUGCCAUAAUUGAGGAUGAGUGGGGUCGAACGCAUGCAAGCGGUAUCCAUGUUAGUGGUAGAAUUAUCCUCAAUUGUUGGCGGUUGGUCCGCAGUGAAGUUAAACUUAAUAUGUACACGGCUGAAGCUGUAGCUGAAGAAGUUUUGAGGCAAAAGCUCCCAUUUAUCCCUUGCAAAGAACUUACAAAAUGGUUUUCAAGUGGUCCUGGACGAGCAAGAUACCGAUGUAUAGAAUAUAUCAUAAAUAAAGCAAAACUAAAUAUUGAGAUAAUGACUCGACUUGAUAUGAUUAAUCGCACAUCAGAACUUGCUCGUGUGUUUGGCAUUGACUUCUUUUCAGUUCUCUCUCGAGGGUCACAAUAUCGUGUUGAAUCUAUGCUUUUGAGAUUGGCACAUACACAGAAUUAUCUUGCAAUUGCGCCUGGGAGUCAACAGGUAGCUUCUCAACCUGCAAUGGAAUGCCUUCCUCUUGUGAUGGAACCAGAAUCAGGAUUUUAUGCAGACCCAGUUGUCGUGCUAGAUUUUCAGUCACUCUAUCCAUCAAUGAUAAUCGCAUACAACCUCUGCUUCUGCACAUGCCUCGGAAAAGUUACACCUGCAAAGUCAAACACCUUAGGCGUGAGUUCAUAUUCACCAGAUCCAAAUGUUUUGAUGGAUUUGAAAGAUGAAAUAUUACUUACCCCAAAUGGUGUUAUGUACGUUCCUUCAAAGGUCCGUAAAGGUGUACUACCUCGUUUAUUAGAAGAAAUAUUAUCUACUAGAAUCAUGGUAAAACAGGCAAUGAAAAAGCUGGCACCUUCAGAGAGGGUCCGUGAAAGGAUUUUUAAUGCCAGACAGCUCGCCCUGAAGCUAAUAGCAAAUGUAACAUAUGGCUAUACAGCUGCUGGGUUUAGUGGUCGCAUGCCAUGUGCAGAGCUUGCUGAUAGUAUUGUUCAAUGUGGCCGUAGAACUUUGGAAACUGCUAUUUCAUUUGUUAAUGCUCAUGAGAAAUGGAAAGCUAAGGUUCUAUAUGGUGAUACAGAUAGCAUGUUUGUACUCCUUAGAGGACGUUCUGUGAAAGAAGCCCUUGAAAUUGGGCAAGAUAUUGCAUCAACAGUUACUGCAAUGAAUCCAAAUCCAGUUACAUUGAAAUUGGAGAAGGUUUACCAUCCUUGUUUUCUUCUUACAAAGAAGCGUUAUGUGGGAUACAGUUAUGAGAGCCCUUACCAAGUCAAGCCAAUAUUUGAUGCCAAAGGUAUUGAGACCGUGCGCAGAGAUACAUGUGGCGCUGUUUCCAAGACAAUGGAGCAGUCAUUGAGACUUUUUUUCGAACAUCAGAAUCUUUUUAAGGUUAAGCACUACUUGCUUCGUCAGUGGAAACGGAUUCUAUCUGGAAGGGUCUCUCUUCAGGAUUUUGUUUUUGCGAAGGAGGUACGGUUAGGCACAUAUAGUUCUCGUGCUUCCUCGCUUCCUCCGGCUGCAAUUGUGGCCACUAAAGCUAUGAAAAAUGAUCCAAGGGCAGAACCCCGUUAUGCAGAGAGAAUACCUUAUGUUGUAGUGCAUGGUGAACCCGGAGCUCGUUUAGUUGAUAUGGUAAUAGACCCAUUGGAACUCCUGGCAAUUAAUUCUCCUUUCAAAUUGAAUGGUUUGUAUUACAUCAAAAAGCAAAUGAUACCAGCUUUACAACGAGUAUUUACACUAGUUGGAGCUGAUUUGAAUCUGUGGUUUCAAGAAAUGCCUCGCCCAGAGCAAAAGGCUUUUGGUAAACACCAACUGAAUGCAUUGAAUCCUAACCGAACUAGAAUAGACUCUUACUAUCUCUCAAAGCAUUGUAUCCUUUGUGGUGAGUUGGUCCAGGCAUCAACUUAUAUAUGUGGUAAAUGUUCUAAAAAUGAGGCUGCUGUUGCAACAGCCAUGGUUGGAAGAACCUCAAAACUCGAAAGAGAGAUUCAACACCUAGCUGACAUUUGCCGACAUUGUGGAGGUGGAGAUUGGAUCAUAGAAAGUGGUGUGAAAUGUACAUCGCUUGCAUGCUCCGUCUUCUUUGAGAGGAGGAAAGUCCAGAAAGAGUUGCAAUCUCUGUCUGUUAUUGCCGCAGACGCAGACUUCUAUCCCAGGUGCAUUGUGGAGUGGUUCUAACUUCCAGCUCCAGCUGUUAAAUAUUCGUCCGAUUAAAUAUCUAGUAUAUUGUAGACAGUCCUAUGCAGUUCCUAUAGAUUUAAUGAAGUUAGUAGUGGAAAAUACUAAUUGUAAAUAUUAGAAUUUUGUAUAUAGUGUAAAUAAUUGUCGAUUGUUGUCUUUUAUUGUCUAGAAACUCCUUCCUCGUUCUCAAGUAUAUUCAAUGGAAAAACAUCUUAAGCACUGA